AUGGAUGACAAUACCGUCACUAAGACACUUUAUUGCAUCCGCCAUGGUGAGUCGACGUAUAAUGAAUGGCGUACGAAUAGCCUUUUAAACUUUUCGUGGAUGUGGAUACGUGACCCAAUGAUCGUCGACGCACCGCUCAGCGUUAAGGGAAAGAAGCAGGCGACACAACUUCAUGAGUUUAUCAAAAGCAGACAAUUGGACGAGAAGAUUCAAGCGAUCAUUACAAGUCCAUUGACGAGAGCGAUUGAAACAACGAUCGGGGCAUUCCCAGAUACAACAAUCCCCAUUUUAGUGGAACCUUUGUGUCGAGAGAUGCUCGACACUGCUUGUGAUAUUGGACAAGGACCGACAGAUCUGGCACAGCAGUUCUUUUCUGAGGACCAUAUUGACUUUUCCUUUUUAGACCCCUUUUGGUGGCUGGAGGCAGAAAAGUUUCCGCGGACGGGACCGGAUAAUGCAUUACCAAUUGACAUCGUGGCCCCCAAGACGGCAGAUGAAGUGUUGGUACUGCGUGAAAGUAAGGAUGAGUUGGACGCACGGAUUCGAGAGUUCGUUGCCAAGUUGGCUGAGAGACCGGAGCAACAUAUUGCUGUUGUUGGCCACUCUUCAUUCUUUAAGCGCAUGCUCGGGAUGAACCACAAACUCAACAAUUGUGAGCUGCAUGAAACGUCGCUGGACGACAUUUGGAUUCGCUAUGGACAGUAA